AUGAAUCGCAACCGCAUCUUCUCUGCCCGUGAGAUCGAGGACCGCAUUGCUCGUGGCCAGACCAUCGUGAUAGCAGACAAUCGAGUCCUUCGACUUGACGGAUGGCUUCAGUAUCAUCCUGGAGGGCGCUUGGCUGUCAAGCACAUGGUUGGCAGAGACGCCACGGAUGAAAUUAAUAUCUAUCACUCCGAAAAGACCCUCGCAAGCAUGGAUAAAUAUAGAAUUGGUCGUAUCGAAGGGCCUUGGAUAAGCAUGACGCCUCCUAUUCGGGGAGGUAUAUUCUUUACCAUAGAUGAUGAUGUUAGCACAAGCUCUUCGGACGAUGAGUCGCCUAGAUCUGAUACAAGUGUCACCAGCGUGGAAGAUAUUAUGGAGACUCGGGAAGCAGUCAAGGCUGGUGCCAGGAGACGGACAGUCUCACGCAAGGCUGAGAUGCAGGACCAGCAUCUUACGCCGGAAGAAUAUACAAACAGGCUGGUACAAAAGGAGUUGGACGAUGACCACCGUAACUAUCCUUCCCUUGAUCCUGAGACGCAGCGUCGCAUUGCUACCAAGUAUAAGGAGCUGCACCAGAGGAUCAAGGAUGCCGGAUUAUACGACUGCCCUUACAUCGAGUAUGGAAAGGAACUGAUACGGUACUCCAUUCUGUUCGGCCUUUUCGUCAUCACACUCAGAGAAGGGUGGUAUAUUCCUUCUGCAGUCUUCCUUGGUCUGUUCUGGCACCAGAUCAUGUUCACUGCGCAUGAUGGCGGCCAUCUAGCCAUCACCCACAACUUUGUCAUCGACACUCUCAUUGCCAUGUUUAUAGCAGACUUCUGCUGCGGACUAUCGAUUGGCUGGUGGAAAUCUAGCCAUAAUGUCCACCACCUUGUCCCUAACCAUCCUGAGCAUGACCCAGAUAUCCAGAAUAUCCCAUUCUUUGCCACAUCUCCGUCUUUCUUCAAGUCCCUCCGUUCCACAUACUAUGAUUUCGUCUACGUCUGGGAUGAAGCGGCCAAUAUCAUCGGCCAAUACCAGCAUAUUUCUUACUAUCCAAUCAUGGCCAUAGCACGGUUCAACCUCCUGCUCCUCUCCUGGAUGCAUCUACUCUCCCCACGCUCUGCCAGUUUUGGUGCAGUCGCCUGGACCAAACCAACUGAAAUCCUCUUCAUGAGUUGCUACUGGUACCUCUACGGCUACUGUCUACUCUGGUGCACUAUCCCAACGUGGCCAAUGCGCAUUGCCUUCGUCCUCAUCUCUCACAUCAUCACCAUGGGCCUCCAUGUUCAAAUCACUCUUUCACACUUCGCCAUGUCCACCUCCGAUGUGAGCGUCGCUGAAUGUUUUGCCCAGCGCCAGCUGCGCACCACCAUGGACGUUGACUGCCCCGCCUGGCUUGACUGGAUACACGGCGGUCUCCAGUUCCAGGCCAUCCACCACCUGUUCCCUCGCGUACCAAGACACAAUUUGCGAAAGCUCCAGGGCUGGGUCAAGGAGUUCGCUGCAGAAGUUGGAAUUGACUAUAAGAUCUACGGAUUUGAAGAUGGUAACCGAAAAGUUAUUGGGCGUCUUGGAGAAGUUUCCAAGCAGGUGGAAAUGCUUGUUCAGUGCCAGAAGUACAUGGCUGCGACUGGAGAGAGCGGGCUUCACUGA